AUGAAGAACUCAGUGCUGGAGGUGGUGUCCCUACUGCUGGAGAAGCUGCUCUUCAUCUCCAGCCUCAAGCUCUUCAGUUCAGGCGCCCCGGGAGAGAACAAGACGAGGGGCAGUUGCUCCGAGAUCAAUUCUUUCCUUCGCGGCGACGUGCUGGAGGUGCCCCGGACCCAUCUGACCCACUAUGGUAUCUAUCUGGGCGACAACCGCGUCGCCCACUUGAUGCCCGACAUUCUCCUGGCCCUGACUGGCGACAGGGGGCUCAGGCAGAAGGUCGUUUCCAACAAGCGUCUCAUCCUGGGCGUCAUCGGCAAGGUGGCCAGCGUUCGCGUGGACACCGUGGAGGACUUCGCCUACGGAGCCGACAUCCUGGUCAAUCACCUGGACGAGUUCCUCAAGAAGAAGGCGCUGGUCAACGAAGAGGUGGCGCGGAGGGCGGAGAAGCUGCUGGGCGUGACCACCUACAGCCUACUGUGGAACAACUGCGAGCACUUCGUGACCUACUGCAGAUACGGCACCUCCAUCAGCCCCCAGGCCGACAAGUUUUGUGAGAAUGUGAAGAUAAUUAUUCGUGAUCAGAGAAGUGUUCUUGCUUCAGCAGUCUUGGGAUUGGCGUCUAUAGUUUGUCUGGGCUUGGCAUCAUAUACUACCCUUCCUGCAAUUUUUAUUCCAUUCUGUCUAUGGAUGGUGGGCUAACUUCACACACCUGUGUCAGUGUGUGUAUUCUGUGUGUAAAUAUGUUCAUAUUUAUAGAGCACGAAUCAGUAUAAGCAUUGUUGAAAAAAUGUGACCUGUAACCCUGUGUUCUGGAUAAAAAUGUGAUUAAGAAUCACGCAGAGUGCUUACUGUGUAAGUCCAAGAACAAAAGGCCUUCAAAAUCCUAUCAGGGAGUUCAGUUUUAAAUCACCUUCCAAGCCUUGAAAACAUGACAACUUGUGAUAGAAUUCAGCAAUACAAGUCAGCCAGCCCCUAAGAUGAUGUCCACAGGAGAUUUAUUUGUGUUAUUUUUCUCUCCUGUAAUCAUUGUUCUUCUCAGUUAGGUUGGUAUUUAAAGAUUGGAAGUCUUAUGAAUAAGAUCACCAUCUUUAUUGUAAAUUCAUCCUGUUUCAUUGAAAAAAUAUUAAGUCAAAGAAUUUUUCUCAUUCAGAUGAAAAUGUUUGAUGAAUAUCAAAAAGAAAAAAAUUCACAAUCCUGUUUUCAUGUUAUUUUAUAUAAUCCCCAAGAGGGUAACAAUAUUUUGUUUUCAUUACUUGAACCAGUAUUGGUAAAGGUAAGGUUUAAAGUAACCUACCAGAAUCUAUCAAAUCUUUUGUGUCUUCCUGCAGAAAUAGCUACUAUAGUAUCACUUGAACAAUUUGAUUUGACUUUAUUUACUAGGAAGCCUGGCAUUCGUUAUUUUUUUCCUUUUCUUGCCACUUUGGGAGGUAAGUGUAGGAUUGAAGUAAUUUGGGUAUUUUUGUGUGUGCCUCAAAUGAAGAUGCAGAUAUCCAUAUUCACACAUACUGAUGAAAGCCAAAUUAAGUUUGUUUUGAUUGCUUUGUUAUGGUACUAGUGUAGUUAUUAUAGAACAUCUGUAGAAGUAAAUGUAAAAGCAAGUUCAGUCCAAUUCUUAUGUUCUUGGGUCUGUGCUAUAACUUGUAUAUAUAUAUUGUUGGAUGGCUUAUAUUUUAAAGCAUUUGCUAAUGUACUUUAUAAUUUAAAAAAUUCUCAGAUUUGUCUUCUAGUCAGGUUUUUCAUUUCAUUUCUGAGUAAGUGUAGUUAAUUUCCUUAAAGGAAGGAUGCCACAGCAAUGUGUAAAACCCAACAGAUAGGACUGAAGGACAUAACUGUUUGAAAUAAUUUUUAAGUGUCUUAGUACCAUCAGACAUGUAAAUUGAUUACACUGAAGCUGUUACAAAAUCAGAGUUGAGAUGUAGCAAUGUUAAAACAAGCAUUCAAAUACUUUGCAAAUUUACCAAAUUGUAAAAAUUAAGCCACAAGCUAGACUUGCAUUUGAACUAUUGAAGUUGCCCUAAAACUAAUCUUAAGUAUUUACAGAUAAAGGCAAUCACUAUGUGAACUCCAUUGUGUUAGUGGUUUUUCACUUAUUGUAUAUUGCCCUUGUAGCAAUUAUUUAAAUAAAUUGUUUUUUUUUUAAAUAUGGUGUCCUUAUAAUUAAUACCUUUUUUUGCAGACUUUAGUAUUGCAGGCAGCAAAAAACCACUGUCUGAUGUUAAGUCUGAGUUCAAAGAUAAUGACCCCUUAUUAAAUAUCAAGUUCUUUAGAUUGGAAUUAACAUAAGUAAUCUUGACUCACUUCAUAUAAUUAAAGCAAGGUUCAGUUUAUCGUUUUAAAGUUUAUUGAGUGCUCAUUAUAUGCCAGGACUGACCUGCUGCCAUUUCAAGGUCUAGAAUCAGUAUUGUUAUUAUUUUUAACUACCUGUAAUACAGUGUAUACAGUGCUAUGGAAAUACAGGUGAAGAAGCAAUCAUGUCUGCCUGAAGAAUCAGAGAAGCAUUAGGCUGAGAACAAUGUGAGGUGUUCUUAUCUCCUGAUGUGUUCCACUGCCUCUGGAAAGAGGGACCUGGAAGGAAGGUUUUAUUUAUCAAAUGUUCAGCAACACUAGAAUUUAUUGAACUUCUUGAGAAAGGAAGGUUUUCGUUUGGUUUGUUGUACUUGUUUUGUUUAGUUGCUUAAAAAGGUAGAAAGAGAAGCAUAUAUUCCUGAUUCUGGUUAUGGAAAAAACCCUGAGCCAUUAAUGUGCCUAGUAACUUGGGGCUGUUCAUGAAUUUCCCUGUGCUUCCUUAGUUAAGAUUCAUCCUUAUGGUCUUGAUAGUCUGUUAUAUUUCUAAAUUUCUCAUUCUAACUUGUGAAUGAGAACCAAGUAGCAUCUACUGGAGAUUUUUAUUGCUUAUUUUGUUCUUUGCCUUCCCUAGACUAACGUCAAAUCAGGACUAGCUGCAGCUAAGAUGAAUUAAUGGAAGUCAAAAACUAGGCAGGUGUCGGGGAUAGAAAAGAUGAAUGGGACAUAGGCCCUUUCUUCAAGGUUUAUGACUUAAUAGAGGAUACAUGGAUGUGUUAAGAUCUACAGCUGACUUCUGAUAGGGCUGACUGAUAGAGGAAAAGAAGUGGCUGGUUUUGACUGAAUUAGGAAAGGCAAUAAUGAUAGAGAUCUUGUAGUGAGAUUUAAAAGAUGGAUAUAUGUUCUCCAGAGUGACAGAUUUGGGGCAGGACAUUCCAGGCAGUGGGAAUAGUGUGAGCAAAUGCAUGAAAACUGCCAACAAUAUGCCUGUCACCUAGACAUGAGGUACUCUACUCUUUGUUGACUGAAAGCAUGACGCUGCAAGGGACAUCAGGAAAAUUGCAAGUGGUUCAGAGGCUAGAGCAGAGGAAGGCUAGUGAGAGAAUAGUUGGAAAAGGAAAACAAUGGUCAGGUGGUGCAAGCCUUGUGUAGCCCAAGACUUUUGGACUUUAUGAACAGGCAGUGGAGAUAAGGGGUUCAGAAAGUAACUCCCAAUGGAAGGAUGAGGGCCUGAGGCAAGACAGGAUAAGGGACAGUUAUCAGGAGAUCAGCUGUGGCCUUCAGGCCUCAAAUAAGGGCCUGCAGUUGUUAGGGUUAGAAGCAAACACGUCAAGGAACUGUCAACAGAAUUUAACCAAAUCCUUGUAUUUGACUCAUGAAUAACUUUUGAUAGAGUGUUAGGAAGACGUCAUGUACCUUCUUUGCCAGAAAAUAGAUUCCUGCAAAAUAAAUUAACUAGGUGACUUGUGUGUAUGUUGGAUACCCCUGAUGUUUGCUCUGUUGGAUAUGUUUCUUUCUAAGGACAAAGUGAAUAUGGAUUUGUUGUUUUAAAAAAAAUUUUCAGAGUAUAGAUAUAUUAUUUUUCCAUUUUCUGUUUCAACUAUUGUUAACUGUCAUAUCAGAAAUGUUUUCUAGCAAUAACAAAGUUAUGCCAACGACAAAAGUUUCUUGAUAUAGGUGAGAAGCAUAUAACAAACAGUUAACAAACUUUGUUUUAUAAUAUUUAUCUAUUUACCCAAGCCCAGAUAUGUUAGCUCAAAUAACUUUAUAUCUGGUAUAC